GGUGUCUUAUCUCGAUUGAUCGUUUAAAAUCCCACGUGGACAGCCUGAGAAGAUCCUCGACUUGUAUAUAGUAUAGAUUUGUUUUAAAAAUAAAUAACCCUAGUAGUAUAUAUAUAUAAACUCCUAUACGCUAUCGUCCUCGAGCGAUCAGAUCCGAAACAAUAAAAAAAAAACAAUGAAGAUCUCCCAUCUUCCGUAUGAUUUGGAAUCCGAAAUACUCUCUAGGGUUCCGACCAAGUCUCUAGCAAAAUUUCGAACUACUUGCAAACGAUGGUACGCUUUAUUCAGAGAUCCAAACUUCAUCAAGAAGAACUUUGGUAACGCACCAAGUAAGUUGAUGUUACUCAGUAAUUUUGGAGUUUAUUCAGUUAGUGUCGAUCACCAUGGAAUUCACAACAACGUUGAUCCAUCUAUCGAGUUUUCUGGAAAACUUAGCAGUCUAAAGGACUCAGAAGAUUUAAAAAUAUCUAAAAUCUUCCACUGUGAGGGUUUAAUAUUAUGCUCUACUAAGGGAAACACUAGCCUUGUGGUUUGGGACUCCAGUACCGGUGAAACCCGGCGGAUCAGACCGAGAACUCGUUAUCGGUAUGAUGAUUACUAUGCUUUAGGAUACGUAAACAGCAAGUCUUCUGGCCAUAGCUUCAAAAUCUUGAGGUCUUGCUAUUAUGAAAACGACCAGAAACAAAGGGUUGCUGAGUUUGAGAUCUAUGAGUUAAGCUCUGACUCUUGGAGGGUUCUUGAUUACUUCACUCGUGACUAUGGUGUAUUUUGCAGUGGCAGGUCUUUGAAAGGAAAUACUUAUUGGGUUGCUGGAGAUAAAGAAAAUGGCCUUUUCAUGUUGUAUUUUGAUUUCACAACGGAGAGAUUUGGGCGUUUUCCUCUUCCGUUUGAAAGUUUUAAUCCUGAAGAUACCGCGGCUCUAUCAGUUGUUAGGGAAGAAAAACUCUCGGUGUUACAUCAGAAGAUUCUUGAUUUUUCAAAUGAGAUGAAGAUAUGGUUGACCAAUAAGAUCGAUGAAACCAUAGAAUUGUCGUGGAGCAACUUCGUCUUAACAGUGGAUUAUGAUAAAUUUAAUUUACCCAGCGUGGUGAAUGUGACAAGUUUCUUGUUGGACGAGGAGAAUAAAGUGGCACUGUGUUCUGAUAUCGACAUGGAUGAUGAAUAUAAGACCAGAGUCUACGUUGUUGGAGAGGAUAUAUAUAAACAAGUCUAUAAAGACACUACAAAGGCAUCUUAUAUCAAUUGGCCACUUCUCAUCAAUUAUGUUCCAAGUUUGGUGCACAUUAAGAAAAACACUCAAAAGGCAAAAGAAAAGGAAAUCAAGGGAGGUUAGUUAAGUGAAUUUUUUCUUAAGUUUUUCUUUCUUUCUUCUGGUUAGUCAAUUAUUCAAUAAGUUGUUUCUUUUUAUUGGUGAUGUAAUGAUUUUUACUCAAAUGCCAUUGUUCUGCUUAUAGCCACUUUCACAUUUCUCUCUUGCCCUGUUCCUAAAGGUUUCACAUUGUCUCUCCGAACAAAACAUCUCAAUAACUAUAUUAUAUGCUCAUGUUGUUUCAUGAGUAAUACAGAACAACGAUACAUAGAAGACGAAAUGGAAAAGAUUAGUGACCAAUGAGAUAUGGAGGAUUUGUGUAACAUCUAAAUAAAAGCAGCCUUCUUUAAAU